AUGGCGGCGGAGCGCUUAACUUUUUUUUUCUCUUCACGAUUUGGGGAGCUUUACAAAAGCAACGAAAACCAAACCGAGAGGAAGGGAGAAAUUAUGACAGCCUACAGACCAGUCCUAACGGAAGGAAGAAAACUAUAGCUGUUCACAAAUGCUUCUCAUCAGAAUGAAACUCCUACAGCUACUGGCUGGGAAAUCUGAGAAACUGGAAAUGCUUUUUCAGCCACGUUUUUACCAAAAGCAGUUCCCAUAUAUGUGUCUGGCUACCUCCGCUUGUCUUUAUAGCAAGAAGAAAAAAGUGAACAGUUAUGAACAAGUUGACCAAGAAAAAUACAAAAGCUUGGUGUGCUCUGUUACAUCUUACAAAGCCAGCGCUCAAACACCAGAGACAAUAUUUGAAGAAGACAAUUUGUUAUAUGGACAACCGCUUAAACAUACACCUUCAAACAAAGUUGAAACAAAAACUCCUAAGAAUUGGGUUUCUCUAGUAAAUCCCAGAAAGACAGUUCCACUUGUGAGCAGCAAUUCAAACCGCCCCAUGAAAAUUGCUUUACAAAAAAACAAACUACCCAGUGUUACCCGUAUUCUUCAACAGACUAUCCCUCCGCAGCAGGCCUUUUAUCUAGAAAGAUGGAAGCAAAAAAUGAUACUGGAACUUGGGAAAGAUGGUUUUGAAGAAUACACUAAAAAUCUUUUCCUCCAAGGAGAACUUUUUCAUACAGCUUUGGAAUCUAUAUUUCUGCCUGAAGAGAUGGCAACUAAGGAGCAAGGAGAAGACUCUGCUGUUUCUGGCUACUUAUCAAGCGUGCAACAUGUCCUGAAAGAUAUCAGUGAAGUUAAAGCUCUGGAAAGUGCAGUUCAGCAUGAAACUCUUAAGUACCUGGGCCUGGUAGACUGCGUGGCUAAGUAUCGAGGACAGUUAUGUGUGAUUGAUUGGAAGACAUCAGAGAAACCAAAGCCAUUUCUGCAGAAUACUUUUGACAACCCACUGCAAGUUGCAGCAUAUAUUGGAGCCAUAAAUCAUGAUGCCAAUUAUGACUUCCAGGUUAGUUGUGGACUCAUUGUGGUUGCCUAUAAGGACGGCUGCCCCGCACAUCCACAUUUCAUGGAUCCAGAUCUUUGCUCACAGUAUUGGAAUAAGUGGCUUUUGCGUCUUGAAGAAUACAUGGACAAAAACUGACCCAAACUAAGCUAUGCAGAGGCAAGUGAUCUGAGCACACAGAGCCAAAGCACAAAUCUUUUGUUUAAGUCUUUAUUUAGUAAUUCUGUUCUUAGUAACUUGAGCUAACUUCUAUCAUUUUUUCUGCUUAAAAAAAGAAAAAAAAGAAGAAAAAUCAAAUGGGGAAUGCACAUUUGCCUAAGUUGUAGGAGACUUCAGUGGACCUGGCAAGACAGAGUAGAACCUGUAACAUUCCUAUAUUUUUCCCUCCCAGUCUAUACAAUUUGAAGUUGAUAGGAAGGUUUCUACAAUCAGCCAGCUAGAUGAAGUAAAAACUGUUCAAUCAUCCUCCUUUUGUUUUCGAGAAAAAGCUGAGACUGAAAAUGAAAAAUAAAUGAAUAUUGUUGACUGGGUUUCAGUCAAGUUAGUUCUUGCCCAUUUCAAAGAUAUCUAUUAACAGGCCUGUUACUAUUUGUGUUUUUUCUUACAGCAACAAAUGCAAAACUUGCACUAUGAACUACAACGUAAGCUCACAUAAGUACUUAUUUAAAAUACUAUGAAAAAGUUGAUUGUUUAACAGAAGUGGCUUAGGAGCAGAGGAGCAGAAUUGUAACUGAUACACUUAAAAAUUUCUAGCAGGUGUUUUAGAAGACAGGAAGUUCUACUACUUCUGGUAGCUUCUCCUGCAGAUUCAAAAUGGGGUGUGUAGCCCAAGUAAAAAAAAAAAUGUGAAAAUGUAAAUGGCCUACGUGCCUUUGGUGGUGGUCUUAUAAUGGACACUGCACAGGGCAAGUCUGCAACUAUUUUCAGCUCUCCUGACUUUCCUGUGAGUCUGAGCAGAUGAGGAGCCUACCUGUGCAGAACUAUUUCCAGUGUCAGGUGUUAGCAUUUUCCAGUACAAGUGGAUUUCUUUACAAAGUCACAGAUUUCUGUGACUUUGAAGCUGGGCAUUCUAAAGAGCAGUUGGGUUUUUUUGAGAUUGCUUUUGUUUUGUUGCUUAAAAUAACAUGAGGAAUAAAUGUUCUAAAACAGAAGAGUUAAUUUGAAGCUUGUUCCAUACAAUCAAGUUUACAGACAUAGAAUAAGUCAUGAUGUCAGGUGAUACCUAUCGUGUGUUACCUAUCUGGAAAAACUUUUUCCUCAUUCUCUUUAUUUUCUCUGAUUGACAUGCAUGAGUUUUCAUAAUAUCACUGCACAUUACAUAUAGAAAUAUAACUGACUUACAGGCUUCAAGAGAGUCAGCCAGAACCAUACCUAAAAAAAGUAAAAAUAAUGAGCAAGCUUGCUGCAGAAAAAAUGUAAGCCUGUGUUGUGUUUGAUACUCGACUCUUGUAGAGUACUGAACUGUGAAAACUUGCACAAUAAAACUUUGGUUGUGCCGGUCUGUGCUUAUUCAAACCA